UGCAUUGAUUUUGUAUUGAAUGUAUUUUCUGAUGCUGCGGCGAUUAGCAUCACCCGUAUUUUUGGGUUAUUUUAGGCAAUUAGUGUGCCCCGCAUUGUUAUUAGUACGUUUCCGGUUCUGUGAGCAUGGUCGCUUGAGUUUGGUAGAUGUUUCGGUGCCACGAUCUUUUUACCAUUUCCAUUAGACAUAAUAAACUGGUCUGCCAGAACCCUGGUGUUUUUGAACUGUCUAAUCUGGGUUUAGCUUGGCUGCGUCUGGGCAGCUACAGUAAAAAGAUCCACUACCGACGAUGUCUACAGGAGGUGACGUACCGGAUUCUACUGUGAAUAUUCCGAAACACCCGUCCAUGGAUUCACUACAGGAACUCACAAAGACCAGCAAGCAAAAGGUCAGGUCCCCAGCACCUUCUGUGUCCUCUCACAGAUCGUGCGCGAGCUCAGUGCGUCUACAGCAGAAGUUAGCAGCGGAGACCGCGAAGAAACGAUUGGAGUUUCUAGAGGAGGAGUCGAAGUUGUUAGAAGAAAAGGCGGCAUACGAAGCCAACGCAAUCCUACAGAAAGCAAAACUGGAUGCAGCGGAAAGGAGGCUAUCAGCGAAGAAGGAGGCAGCCAUUGCUGUAGCUCAAUUACAGGCAGUAGAGGAAGAUGAAGAUUUGGACUUUCCGUAUGAACUUACAGAAAGUGACUCAGUGACACAGGAAAGAACAGCAGAGUACGUUAGGAAUCAAGAACCCAUCGUUCCGCCACAAGAGGAUCUGGAACAGGAACCAAAACCUAACAACAAAAUCCGCAGUGAACGUAUAGAGACAAACAAUUCUCAGUGUGUUGCUACAGACUUGGCAAAGUAUCUAGUGAAGCGAGAUUUACUGACAGCAAGGUUUCACAAGUUCGAUGACAAAUCGGAACACUAUGUUUCAUGGAAGUGCACUUUUCAGAGUGUGACAAGGGAAAUCGAAGCCACGCCGGCCGAAGAACUAGACUUGUUACUUCGGUGGACAGGAGAGGAAUCAUCCAAGCAAGUACAGAGUUUAAAAGUCGCAAACGCUGGAAAGCCCGUUACAGCACUGGAAAGAGCUUGGAAGCGCCUAGACAGCCGUUAUGGUUCUCCAGAGAAAGUGGAAGUGGCUCUCAAGAAGAAACUGAACUCUGUCCCUAAGAUGACAGUUAAGGACAGGGGGAAAAUGUAUGAACUUUCUGACAUUCUGUCUGAAAUAAGGGCAGUUAAGGAGAGACCAGAGUACGCUGGACUUUUAAGCUUCUAUGACACUUCUAUGGGAAUCAACCCCACGGUAACCAAAUUGCCACCCAACUUACAGAAUAAGUGGCGUGAUCGUGCCGCUAUGUACAAGCGUAUACACAGUGUGCUAUUCCCACCCUUCACAUACUUCUGCGACUUUGUGCAUGACAUGGCCGAAGUAUUCAACGACCCAAGCUUUGACUUCGAUAUAAAUACAAACACUUACAGUCAUGGACCGCCAGUGAGAAAUACUAGAGUGUCGGUAGCCAAGACAACGGUGGGCUCUACGAAUGGAACAGAAGAUGACCGUGUCCUAUGCAUCAUUCAUAAGACAAACCACACAUUAGAUGAGUGCCGUGUAUUUCGUCACAAGCCAUUCGAAGAACGCAAGACUCUUUUGAAGCAAAACGGAAUUUGCUUUCGUUGCUGCGCUGCCAAGCAUCUCAGAAGAAAUUGUCACGCAAAAAUUCGGUGUUCAGAGUGCGGCGAAAUGACACAUGCCACAGCUAUGCAUAUAUUCAGAACAUCACCUGCAUUGGAGACCUCACAGCCAUUCCAAGUAGCGUCGACUCAUGGCGGGGAGCACCGGACAGAAGUGUCGUCAAGCUGUACUGAGAUUUGCAAGGGAGGUCCAGCAAAGUCAUGUGCAAAGAUUGUGCUUGUGACAUUGUCACACAAAGACAGUGUGAAGAUUAGAACCUAUGCAAUCAUAGAUGAUCAAAGUAACGCUUCCUUGAUCAGUAGCGAACUUUUAGAUUUUUUCAAAAUCAAGGUUGAAGCAGAGCCAUACUGUAUUAACAGCUGUGCUGGGAAAGUCAUGACUGCUGGACGGCGCGCAGACGGCUUCAUUGUGACAUCAUUGUGUGGAAAGGAACGACUCGCUUUACCUACCUUGACAGAGUGUGAUAUGAUUCCAAACAACAGGAAUGAAAUCCCAACACCAGAGGUAGCUGCUAGAUACCCGCACCUCAAGUCUAUUGCUGGUAAACUACCCGAACUGGACUCUAAGGCCAAAAUCUCUCUUCUCAUUGGACGAGAUCUGACUCCCGCUCACUACGUGUUGGAUCAGAAGAUUGGACAAGCAGGCCAACCAUAUGCUCAGAGACUUAAGUUAGGAUGGGUGAUCAUUGGAGAGACGUGUCUGGAUGGCCAGCACUUACCUCAUGACUUGAACUCUAUGAAAACACACACUCAGUUCAACGGACGUCCUACUGCCUUGGAUCCUUGUGACAGUUAUCUACAUGUAGACUCAGUAUUUAGAACAACAAAGGAUGACAACAAACCGUCAUUAUCUAUAGAGGAUCAGCAUUUUCUAGACCUCAUGGACCGUGAGAUGACCCGAGACAAGAAUCACAACUGGGUUGCACCUUUACCCUUCAAGCAUUCUCGUCCGCCUCUUCCAAACAACCGUCAUCAAGCAAUGGACCGAGCGAGGAACUUUGACAUCUCUUUACGCAAGGAUCCGGUGAAACAUCGACACGCUCUGGAAUUUAUGCAAGCACUGUUGAAGAAUGGACACGCGGAGAUAGCUCCUGAACCUGAACUCAACCGAGAAUACUGGUACCUACCCAUAUUCGGAGUUUAUCAUCCCCAGAAGAAGGAUCGUAUUAGGAUGGUUUUUGAUUCAUCUGCGAAAUGUCAAGGCAUUUCUCUUAACGACGUUCUUAUGACAGGACCGAAUCUCAUGAACAAUUUAGUAGGAGUCCUUAUGAGAUUCCGUUUAGAGAAGAUUGCAGUAAUUGCUGACCUUCAACAGAUGUUUUACAGUUUUCUUGUUCACCCGUCCCAUAGAGACUAUUUACGCUUUGUAUGGUAUGAGGACAAUGAUACAACCAAACCACUGGUGGAUUAUAGAAUGAAGGUGCAUGUUUUUGGCAAUGGACCAAGUCCAGCUGUGGCUGCACUUGGGUUGAGGAAGACUGCAGAUAUAGCUGAGAAAACCGUGGGCGCUGAUGUCAAGGAGUAUAUCUACAAGAACUUUUAUGUGGAUGAUGCACUUUCAUCACACAGAUCAGCUGAAGAGGCAACAACGCUUCUCAAGAAGGCCAUGAAGUCUCUCCAAGAAGAGGGAAAUCUGAGGCUACAUAAACUUUGCUCAAACUCCGGUGAAGUACUUGCUGCAUUCGACAAAGAUGAUCUGGCGAAAGAUUUAACAGAGCUGGAUUUUGAUUAUGAUGAUCUCCCAAUCCAGCGGAGUCUAGGAGUUUCCUGGAAUCUAGAGAGAGACACUUUUACAUUUCGUGUGACUGUAAAUGAAAAACCAUUUACGCGACGUGGUGUGCUGUCUACCAUAAACGGACUGUAUGACCCCUUAGGAUUUGCUAUGCCUGUCACCAUUGCAGGAAAGUUACUCCUUCGAGAGGCUAUGAACCAGCCAUUAGAUUGGGACCAACCACUACCUGAGGAAUUUCGCAGCAAAUUCCAACUCUGGAAGAAUGACCUAGGCUCAUUAGAAGGAGUGAACAUCCCUAGAACUUACUCGAUGGAUGCAUCAUCUGACAGGGACUUGUUUAUCUUCACAGACGCUUCUGAAUUGGCUAUCGCUGCAGUGGCUUACAUUGUCACUGUCGACAACAGCAGUAAACGUCAUUUUGGAUUUUUACUUGGAAAGACCAAGGUAGCUCCUAAACAUGGCCAUACCAUCCCUCGUCUCGAGCUGUGUGCUGCUGUUCUAGGAACGGAAAUUUAUGACGUCAUCAUGGAUGAACUGGAAGUAGAAUUUCGUCAAGUGAAAUUCUUUACUGAUAGCAAGGUCGUCUUAGGUUAUAUUGGAAACGAGACCAAGCGGUUUUACACGUACGUCAGGAACCGUGUUGACAGGAUACGGAAGUCAUCAAGUCCUGAACAGUGGGGAUACGUACCGACCGCACAGAAUCCAGCAGAUGAGCCCACAAGAUCCAUUUCAGCUGGAAGUCUGCAAGAGAGCAAGUGGCUAAAUGGUCCUAGUGGUUCAUUCUCCAGACAAGCAGAGGAAAGUUACCAGGAGUUUCCAUUAGUUGACCCUGACGAGGACAAGGAGAUUAGAACUCUGAAAACCGAUUUAGUGGAUCAUGUUGCAGAGAAAACCCGUCCACUGUCUGAUCACUUUGAGAAGUUUUCGACGUGGAAAAGUCUAACCAGAGCCUUCCGUACCUUGAUAGGAUUCGUUCGCUCAAAAAUUGCAACCAAGAGUCAGUCACGUACACCUGAAGAAGAUGCCAAACUAACAGUCAUCAGAGUAGUCCAGAGAGAUUACUUCUCAAAGGAAAUUGCAGCCAUAAGAGAUAAAUUACCACUUCCGAGAUCUAGCACCAUCUUGGAACUCUCUCCUUACCUGGAUGACGACGGACUUCUUCGUGUUGGUGGACGCAUACGGGAGUCAAAACUGUCCAUGCUGCAGACAAACCCUGUCAUCAUUCCAAAACAUCACAUUUCCGUCUUGAUCGUCCGUCAUUUUCAUGAAAAAAUCAGUCACCAAGGGCGUCAAUUGACUGAAGCGGCUGUCAGAAGUGCAGGAUUUUGGUUGAUUGGUGGACGAAGGUUUGUGAAUUCCUGUAUUCAUCACUGUGUGAAAUGUCGAAAACUGCGAGGACGUCGUGAGGAGCAGAAGAUGGCUGACCUUCCAUUUGAUCGUUUGGACCCAGCACCCCCAUUCACUUACAUUGGGAUAGAUGUCUUUGGUCCGUGGACAAUAGCCACCCGUAAGACUCGCGGAGGAGAAGUCAACUCAAAGCGAUGGGCCCUACUGUUCACUUGCCUCGUUGUGCGCGCUGUGCACAUUGAACUGUUAGAGGAGAUGUCGUCUUCCAGUUUCAUCAAUGCUCUUAGACGAUUUUGUGCAGUGAGAGGGGAAGUGAAAAUUAUUCACUCUGAUCAAGGGACAAACUUUGUUGGCUCUACUAAGGACUUGAACGCGAAUGUCAUCAGAGUAGAUGACAGACCCAUACAGAGGUACCUUAUUGAUCACAGCAUCAACUGGGUUUUUAAUCCACCUCAUGCCUCACAUAUGGGAGGGGCAUGGGAGAGAAUGAUAGGAGUGGCAAGACGCAUACUGGAUUCUCUCUUGCUGGGUGUGAAGAACCUGACGCACGACGUACUUGCGACACUUAUGGCAGAAGUUUCAUCCAUCGUGAAUGCUAGACCCCUCACACCUAUGUCUUACGACCCUGAAUGUCCAUGUCCACUUACCCCAGCAAUGCUUCUUACUAUGAAGACUGAUCAGACAGUGAGAUCAUUUCAGCUGGACGACUUCAAUAAGAAGGACAUAUACAAGAAACAGUGGAGGUGUGUGCAGUACUUAGCAGAUCAGUUUUGGGCUCGUUGGCGAGUUGAAUACCUUCCAUCUCUUCAAGUGCGUUCCAAGUGGAAACAAGAGUCUAAGAAUCUCCAAGAGGGUGAUGUCGUGCUUCUCGCCGAUAAAUCUACAUACCGUAACGAAUGGCCAGUCGGAAGAAUCGUCAAAGCUCAUCCAAGUUCCGAUAAUCGCGUUCGCAAGGUUGAUGUGCGCGUCGGCAGUGACAAGAGAACAUUUACUCGACCCACAAGUGACAUUGUGUUACUUUGCAGGAAAGAUUGUGAAAGUGAAUGAACAUGUUCUGUAUUGUAUGCAUGUGUAAUAGAAACAUUACAUUUUCUUGUUUAUUUGUUGAUAUUAGGUGAUAUUAUUAAUAUCAGACGGGGAGUGUUGUGUAACGUGCAUUGAUUUUGUAUUGAAUGUAUUUUCUGAUGCUGCGGCGAUUAGCAUCACCCGUAUUUUUGGGUUAUUUUAGGCAAUUAGUGUGCCCCGCAUUGUUAUUAGUACGUUUCCGGUUCUGUGAGCAUGGUCGCUUGAGUUUGGUAGAUGUUUCGGUGCCACGAUCUUUUUACCAUUUCCAUUAGACAUAAUAAACUGGUCUGCCAGAACCCUGGUGUUUUUGAACUGUCUAAUCUGGGUUUAGCUUGGCUGCGUCUGGGCA